AUGGUCGCUGCUGCAGCUGGCUGUGUGCUAUGCUGCUUCUGCAGCGCUUGGAUCGCCGUUAUCUUCACGGCGGUGGGGAUCCACAACAUGGGGGACUUCUUGAAUAAGGCAGACGCUUGGGAUGCCUCGACGAUGUGGCAGCAGGCGACCUGUGAGGUAUUGGCCUCCGGCGUCAGCUGCACCGACAAGGAAACCAGGAGCACUUGCAGUGGCUACAAAGCGGGCGCAAUGCCGUCCUCGAAGCCACCUGUUUUCCUGACAGAGCAGAUAGCGGUCUGCCCAGGGACCUACUGGUGUGCCAAAGAGGGAGAGAUCUGCCAUUGCAACGGGGAGAUUACCUACGCUCCGGAGCUCUUUGAUGGCUACGUGUACACGGUUCCCUCGUCCGAGAUGGCUUACAAAGUAGCUUCCAGCUCAACCUGGAAAUGCGGGACGGACCAAAGUGGAAAGCCUUACGCUGUGGAUCCUGCUCCAUGGCAUGUGAAGCACUGUUGGUGCACACCCCAGGGCAUCCUCGACAUUCUGAAGAAGCACGAUGACUCGACCCUCCACAAGAAAGAGUGCUCCGAGGCAGCGAACUUCGACUUCGACCAGCCAGCCCGCCGCUUAAAGGAGGGACCACAGGCUGUCAAGCACGUCGACACGGAGGAAGAUGAGGAAGAGGACGACGAGGAGCUGAUCGAGAGCGAGCACCAGGAGGACGCUGGGCCCAGAGCUUUGUUGAGCCGGCACAUGGUCGAUGCGGCUCCGGCCCGCAGCCUCAAGGGCGACACCCGUCGGCGUCGCACUUACAGCUACACCCCCUGGGCCCUGGUUUCCUUGAAAACGGAGAGUUUCGACAGCCUCGAUGCGGAGGAGGGCAACAGGCAGAUCAGCUGCGCCUAUGAGUAUGGAGUGCCAGUGGCUUCCUCAGCGCAAUACACAUCCGACGGGCCCUACUCGGGACCUGUUUGGGAGGUGGAGAAGCUCGCGAAGAAAUGGGGAAACGUCUCCACUCGCCCCUGCUGGAUACGAACGCGUGGCGAAGCCGGAGAGCGCCUCGCCAGUUGCGCCGUGGCCCUCGAAAAGCCGGGCUCUCUGAAGGACAAAGCAGAGGGAAGCAUUCAGGGUGCCUGGAGCUUUCUCUGGAUCGUCUUGGGUCUGGCAGUGUUUUGCACAGGGCUCCUCGGAGUUGCGGUGGUCUUCAUAGCGAAGACUCUCCAAGAGCACCAAGAGGGGAGUCGCACUCAACAAGAGGGCCUCAUGAACAAUACGGGUAAUUAG